AUGUCGCUUCGCCGCGCCUACUCCAUCAAGGACAAGCUGCAGGCCAUCGAGCGGGUGAAGAAGGGCGAGCGCCAGGCGUCGGUGUGCCGAGCCUUCGGGGUGCCGGGGGGCACGCUCCGGGGCUGGCUGAAGGACGAGGCGAAGCUGCGCUGGUUCCUGGAGCAGCUCGGCGGCGAGGUGGGCACCCAGCGCAAGAAGAUGCGCUUGGCCAACGAGGAGGAGAUCGACCGCGCCGUCUACGCCUGGUUCCUGGCGCUGCGCCACCUUCGCCCGCCAGAUCUACGGGCCGGAGUGCACCUUCAAGGCGAGCCACGGCUGGUUCUGGCGCUGGCAGAAGCGCCACGGCAUCUCCAGCCAGCGCAUCUACGGCGAGGGCGGCGCGGCCGCCGAGCCCGAGCGCGCCCCGGCCGCCCGCCCGGAGCCUCUGCCCGACGGCGGCUACGGCGACGAGCAGAUCUACAACGCCAACGUCACCCGCCUCUUCUGGAAGCUUCUCCCCGGCGACGCCCGGGCGGGAGGCGGCGGUGGCGGGGCGAGCGCGUCACGGUGCUGCUGGCCGCCAACCUGACGGGAGCCCACAAGCUCAAGCCGCUGGUGGUCGGGGGUCUCCGCGAUCCCGCCAGCCUCCGGCACCACAACCAGGACAAGUUCCCGGCGUGUUACCGCUACAGCCGCGAGGCCGCGCUGGCGCCGGCGCUGCUCCGCGCGUGGUUCUUCGAGGACUUCGUGCCGGGGGUGAAGCGCUACCUGCGGCGGAGCUGCCUCCAGCAGAAGGCCGUGCUGCUGCUCGGCCCGGGCCGUGAGGAUUCUCCUCCCCUGCAGACGCCCGACGGCUCCAUCCGAGCGCUCUUCCUCUCCAAGGGUCCCGCCGGGAGCGGCUCCGCCGGAGCCGGGGGUCGGAUCCCGGCGCCGCUGGAGCAGGGGGUGGUGUCGGCCUUCAAGCAGCUCUACAAGCGGGAGCUGCUGCGCUUGGCCGUGUCCUGCGGCGGUCCCGGCGGCCCCGGCGACUUCGUGAGGUCCUUCCUGCUCAAGGACAUGCUGUGCCUCGCCGGGCUCUCCUGGGACCUCAUCCCGCCGGGCUCCAUCGAGAAGUGCUGGCUCCUGGGGCUCCGCGCUGCCUUCGAGCCGCAUCCCGGCGAGGAGGAGCGCGGGGAGACCCCGGCAGCGGGGCACGAAGGAGGAGGAGGAGGAGGAGGAGGAGGGGACAGCAAAGUCUUCAGCGACCUGACCCACCUGGCAGCGCUGGCCUUCAAGCGCUUGGCUCCCGAGGAGGUGUCCGACUGGCUGCACUUGGAUGAUGCCGCUCCGGGCGCGGACGAGGAGGAGGAUGAGGAUGAGGAAGAGGAGGAUGGAGAAGAGGACGCGGGCGAGGAAGGCGCCGAGGGCUGCGGGGCGGAGGAGGACGAGGAGGAGGAGGAGGAGGAGGAAGCAGCCGCUGGCAGAGGCGGUGGGGAAGGAGGAGACCCGCUGCUUCCCACGGCUCGGGAAGCCAUCCAGGGCCUGGAGACGGCGCUGCGGUGGCUGGAGGGGCAGGACCCGCGGGAAGUGGGGCCGCUGAAGCUGGUGCAGCUCCGCUCCCUCAUCUCCACGGCCCAGCGGCUGCGCCGCGGCCGCAGCCCCCGCUCCUAGGCCGGGGGGCUACCGCUGCCUACCUUUGGGCUACCAACCGCCCCCAGCUGGCCACGGGGCCGGGAACGCCCCGUUAUCCCGGCGGGGGGAUCCCAGCGCCCGCCAGGAUUCCUCCUGGGGACCGGGAGGCUGUGGGGUCGCAGUUUCGGGGAU